AUGCUACACUGUUACUUCUUGGACACAGCAGCUGCCCGUUUACCUCUUGUCGCCACCGUGGGUUCCUUUGGUGUACCAGUAUUUUGCCCAACCGGCACAGGAUUUUUUACUGGAUCAGCAGACUGCGUGACCGGCACAGGAAUCUUGUCUAGUUCAACAGCCGAAGAGUGUCGCGACGAAGAAUCGUUGAAGACGCGCAAAGUGUGGAGUCGUUGGAGUAAGUGGGGCGACUGUUCAGUGACCUGCGGCGGCGGCAGCAUCGUUAGGAGCAGGAUAUGCGUCGCGGGGAGAUGCGCGCCCGGAGAGAGAGAGGAGCAGCGCCGCCCGUGCAAACGCGCUCCCUGCUUGCGCGCGCUUUUUGAACCAACUAACUUAGAAUUGCAUGACGCCGAUUAA